UCCACCCCCAACUGUUUGUACAAACUGUCACUUUUCUUCUGUCUGCAGCCCCCUCCACCCCACUGACCGCCACAACAUUUCCACACACAUUUCUCUCCACUCCUCACCAAUCAAAAACCCAAUUGAAUCAAUAAACCCUAAACCCCAAUUUUUCCCUCCAAUGCUUCUCCAAACUCAAUCUCUCACAAUCCAUUUGUCCCUUCCAUUCCCUCCCUCAAAACCCACCCCCAAAAUCCAAUAUUUCAAUCACGUAAAACCGAACCCAUUUCGCAGAACUCUAUUUAGAACCCUAAGAUGCUCGCUUUCGGCGGUUUCGGAGCCGACCCAGGUGGAAACGAAGGCGCACAGCCACAGGCCGGUUCCUGCUGAGGUUUCUAGGACAAUUAUGGAGUUGGUGUCUGUGGGCACGCUUUCUACUCUGACCCAAGAGGGUUGGCCUUUGGGCAUUGGCGUCCGGUUCGCGGUCGACUCAGAAGGGACUCCGGUGUUGUGCUUGAAUGCCUCUAAUCGGCAGUUUUCUAUUGACAGGAGGUCUAGCUUCCAUGUCCAGUUAGAGCAAAGCGGGCUGCGAACACCUCAGUGCACGAUUUUAGGCAGCAUUGACAAACCGGAAGACAGGGCAAUGUUGAAGUACCUUCGUUCAGUAUGGAAAAAGAGGUUUGGAGAAGAAGUUGACGAAGAUCUCAUAUAUGUUGUUUCUGUGGAACGGGUACUUCAGUUGGAGGACUUUAAAGAGGUUGGUAUGUGGGUUAAAUCUUCAGAUUAUAAAAAUUCACAACCUGAUCCUCUUAGGGACUUUGCGGAAAAGCUGGUAAAUGAGAUAAACACCAACAACAUUGAAGAUAUUAAUCGUUUUUGCAACAUCUAUGCUGAUUUGAACUUCCAGGUUUCUGAAGCAAAAUUGGUUUGGGUUGAUCGGUUAGGCUUUGACCUGCGCCUUUGGUCUCCUCAGGAAAGUAUAUUUGAGGUUCGCAUUCCCUUCCCCAGGGAUGUGACGGAUGAGAAGGGUGCGAAGUCAAUGUUUAACUGCAUGUCUCAAUUAGCUUGGGAGGUGGAAAAGAAUUUCCAUGCCCCAGAUGUCGAAAGGGUGAAACAAGUUAAGCAGAUAGCCUAAAAGAGUAAACGUUGUGCAUGCCGUCUCUAACUUCUUUAGAUGCACACAGGGAAACUUGGUUGAACUUUGUUAUGUUCCGAGGUUAUGACGGCCAACUAUCCCCCCAAAUUGAGCUUGUCGAUUAUGUACAUGGCUUCCAUAUGCCAUUGUUGCUAACUCCCAAGAUGUCUAAAAUUCAAAAUUUUGAGAUUGAAUUUGAGUUCAAUAUAAUUCAAGAAAUUUUUUUUUUCUUCUUC